CGAAGAAGAGAAGAUGGACCACCUGGGGCAGCACAUGUCUUUGAGCCUAGGGCGGGACAUAAUGGCCAUUGUGGCCGCGAGCCGGUCUUGGAAAGAAACUCGGGAUGUAAUGAUGAGAAAGUAUCUGGCAGCAGAAAAGAUGGCAACGGAGGCCGAUUUAGCGGCAGUCCAGAGGAAGAACUUCGCAACGUACAAUGACUUCCUACGGGAGUUUACCUUGGUAGCACUGAGAAUCCCCGGGGUUACGGACCGAAUAAUGAGCAAAUAUUUCAUCAGGCAGUUCUCCGAGUUCGACAAAGACAAGAUCCUGUCAGCUUAUCAACAGACGAACAAGUUCGUAAACACGCGGGAUGUUGAUUGUAGUACGGUAACGGAUCUAGUCGAAAAGACAGUAGUGACGGAGACAUUGGCCUUGCUUAAAGAAGGGGAGGUCAUAGAUCUGACUGGUAGAACAGGCGAUAAGGUAAAGAAGGGGAUUGAAAGCCUACAUGAGCGGGUGCACGGAGUUGACAAUAAAAUUGAGAAGAUGGAGAGCGCACUACUAGUUAUGCAGGCGCAAGUGUCCCGACCCGCCCUCCCUCCCCAGGAAGCUGUGGUUCCGCCAGGUAUAGCCAACCGGGGAUUCGGACGGAGAGAUCCCGCUAACGAGCAAUGCAAGUAUUGUACCACGAUGGGACAUUAUGUACGCGCAUGUCCAAAGUUCAACCAUGAUAUCUUAAAAAGGAGAUGCACCAGGUCCUUAAAGGGAGAGAUAUUCGGACCACAGGGGGAGCGGGUGAAUUGGAACUCACCAGGGGGAAUGCGAAGAGUCGUUAUCAUGCUCAACGGAUUAGAGAUAACAACCGUAGAAGCUGAGCCGGUGGUCGACAUCGUUUGGGAUCAACAGCGGGGCCGGGGGCCACAGGUCAACUUUAUCUUGAAAAGCGAUGGACGUGAUAGGGUAAACGCAACCACUCGACUAGGGAGGGCUGGAAGAAGGAUAAACCGUGAUGCCAUUAUGGAGGAGGUUGCCGGAAGCUCCGAACCCCAGGCAGAGCCUGAGGCCGAGGAACCGGAGAAAGUCUAUGGGAAGCCUAGGGAAGAGGAGCCUGCAGACAAGGUUACCGCCGCUAAGAAGAAGUUUCGGUAUCAGAUCCCGAUCUUAAACUCGCCAGAGAUCGACGACACCAUUAGCAAGUUGCUAGGAACCAUGGUAUUGGUGUCUUUCCAGACCAUGCUGCAAGCUAGUCCUAGGUUGCUCAAAGGUCUUAGACAACUGUUGACUCGGAGGCGAGUAGAAAUAGGCGACAACCCCGAGUUACCGGAGGGGGAGAAGGAGGAGGAAGCUCCGCAAGAAGUGGCUAACCUUCAGAGGAGUCGCGGGGACUUGGAGGAUCUCGAAAAAGCUUUUGCAGACAUCCGCUUGAGCUUGCCCGAUCGUGAGGGCAGCAAGGUCAUGAGGUCACCACCCGGGACAAAGCUUAGCUUUCAUGCACUGCCCGUAGGGAAGCUGAAAGUACAGAUCGGGAGUCAUCAUACUGACGCAUUAGUAGACGGGGGAGAGGAAAUCACUCUCAUAAGAAGAGAUUUCGCGACGAUCACGGGAUGUACGGUAAACAUGGAAGUAACCGGGAGCAUCCGGGGAGUUGGCGGGGAAAUCCCGUUCGCUGGGUACGUCACGAAGUGCGCCGUGAAGGCGGGAGUCCGGGAAUCGAUUUAGUCAUUUCAGCGGAUGACCGUAAUGGAGGAAAUGGACCACGACAUUAUUCUCGAAAGGCCGUGGUGCGCGAACAUAGAGAUGAUAGGCAUGCACUUGCACG